AUGCAGCCCCUGAUCCGGCAGAGGCCCAUCGAUUUGGUCAUCAUCCUCCUCACCAUGUUCGUCUACAACAACAACAGCAACAACAACAACAACAACAACGACGACAACGACAACAGCAGCAGCAGCGAGUACGAAUGCAGCCUGAAUAAUACAGAAUCGGUCGUCAUAUCACCCGCUGGCCGUCGAUAUACACUGAGUUUUACCGAAACCACCCGCAUCUUGGCUCUCCACGAGAUAAUGAUCCAAGCGCAGCGUCGUCGCCUCUCAUCAACUUACUCCCAGCAAGAGGCGCUUGACCUAGUGAUACCGGUGCUCAACGAUAUCGAGCACGUCGCUACCCAACUGUGUGGUGCCUUGGAUACGUGGCUAGGUUUCGACUCCGUCGCCGGCGCUGGCGAGAAUGACGCCAUUACCCUUCUCUGCGACCACUUUCUCCGGCGCGUAGAUCAGUCCCGCCUCGUCUUCAUGUCCCUACGCGACUCGGAAGGCUUGGGAAGAAGAGGGGCUCUCGACGAUGCUGCCGCAAUCCACGUUGUCAGCAGACUGUCCACCGUUGCCGCCCUCAUGAACAUGAGCGCCGAGGCUGGCGUCGAGGCCGAACCCCGGCGUGGGAACGAUAGUCUUGUCGAGCUCGCUUGUCUCGUUCGCAAAAGCUGGUUUGGACCUCACCAGAGACCUCAGCACGAGCCAAGGCUUCAGACUUGCCGACCGUGCGACUAUGCCCAGGAACGCCUUUGCCAUACCCCCGAAGCCAGGGCCGGAAACGGAGCCGGAGCUGGAGUUGAAGCCGAACUCGAAAGCAAAAGCCCAGCUAUAAGCAGCUACUUGCAUUUUGCAUGUUCCCCCGACUUUCUCUAUCUCGACGGGGUAAAUAACACGACGGCAUUCCUCCUUUCGUGGGCGUCAUCCCAACUUGCUCUCCGUUUCGCUAUCCUGGAGGCGCCGACACUCGACGUGGAUGGCGAACCACUAUUUCCAAAUAAUCAACACCCCUUCACUGAGGCUGACGACGUGGUUGAUCUUAACCUCGAAUUCGAAAGCGAUACAUUCGCCCUCGUACGGUACUUGGUGGAGUUUGCGGCUACCGUUGAUGAGCUCCUCUCCCGAUUAUCUACUAACACCGUCUUGGCCGGGUCCGACCCUGAGGCCGUUGCUGCUAUCGUCUCCAGCCGGUCCAUGUCCGCCUCGACUCCUCAGCCGAGGUGGUGGUCUUUUGGAUCCCGUAGCACGAGGAGGACUAGAGAAGAGAUUUCCCGUGAACUAGUUGUAGACGUGGCCGCCGCCGCCAUGGAGCUCGCCUCUCUCCGGAACAACUCACUCCUCUCUGCCAUCCAAGCAUUAGGUCUCGUCGCGACUAGCGUGGCAGCUGCAUGUUCGUCUUUCCUGAAUCUUUCGGCUGCCCUGGACGAUAUAGACGCCGGCCGUUACCGCCUCAACUUCACAUCUGCCGCCGUCAAGCAGACUUCGAGUCCACAGCAGGAUGUCGACAUUGAAAUAUCGCACGUCAGUCUCAAAGGUGAUGCGGGCGUCUACGCGGCGAGCCUCCAGGCCGAGUACGACGCCAUGACAGCGGCCCUACGUGAGCGGCGGCGAGAGCGACGGCGGAAAGAAUACCCAGAAACGCGGCCGUCAGAACUUAGACCAGACUUGGACGAGAAAAGUCGCUGCCGUAGCAGCACCAUAAGGACACCGAAGAAUGAGGCUUUGUUUCGCGAACUGGAAGGCUUCUUUGCGAAUAAAAACCUUGAGGGUCUCAUGGCCAUAUUCCAGAGCCCGAAAAGACCCUCCGCUGUCCCUAACGUUGAUGAUGAAAACGAGCGUGAAGGGGUUGACCACAUCAUCGCUAUUAAUGGCUAA